AUGGAACUUGAAAAAGUAGUCACGAGGUCGUUUAUGGAGAUAGAUGUUGCAUUUGCGCGGUCAUGUGCUCUAGAAUCUUUCUGGCACAACUGCAUGUACCACUAUGAUCUUUGGGAGCCACCGCCAUCUCCUACCCCAGAGACACCAACUUACCCUCCUAAAGCCUCUCCACCUAAACGGUCACACCCACCAAAACCAUCACAUCCACCACAUGGUCCAGCUUACCCUCCUAAGGGUCCGAAGCCUCCUACGCCAGCUAGUCCACCUAAAGAAGCAAAACCACCUACCCCUGGUGGACAUGCUUAUCCACCAAAGGGCUCUAAGCCGCCAACACCUGGUGGGCCCGCUUAUCCACCUAAGGGCCCGAAACCACCAACCCCUGAUGGGCCCGCUUAUCCACCUAAGGGACCAAAACCACCAACCCCUGGUGGGCCCGCUUAUCCACCAAAGCCAAGUACUUGGCCUCCUAAAGCACAACCUCCGCUACCAUCAUAUGGACCCACCGUCCCACCUCCACAACCUUACAAUGCUGUCCCACCAUCCGGUAACAUCCUAACACCACCACCGUCUGGUGGCGGCGACAAGAAUCACACCGUCGUUAUUGCGGUGUGUGCAUCACUAGGUGGUGUGUUUUUCCUAGCAUUCUUAGCCGCCGGACUCUUCUGCUUAGCCAAGAGAAAGAAGAAGCCAAUCUUAGUCCCGACAGCAGCUCCAUAUGGUCACGGCGGUGGCGGAGGACACGGUCAUGAAGGUGGUGCAGAACACUCAAGCUAUGGCCAACACUAA